AUGUCGCACCUCGAGAUCCUCAAGAGGCCCGUCCACUUCAAGUCGGGCGCCGUCGCGCCCAACGGCACCCUCAAGAGCGCCAUGACGGAGCGCCUGUGCACGUGGUCCAAGGACGACUUCAAGAAGCGCGGCUGGCCCACGCCCGAGUACAUCAGCCUCUACAAGGACUGGGGCGAGGGCGAGAUUGGCACCAUUGUCCUCGGCAACAUCCCCACCGACGCGCGCUACCCCGAGGCCGAGCACAACGCCUGCAUCGACAUGACGAUUGCCUCGCACGACGAGUACGUCAAGGCCUACCGCCCCGUCGUCGAGGCGUCCAAGGCGCACGGCAGCCUCGUGAUUGCCCAGCUCACCCACGCCGGCCGGCAGACGAGCAUCGAGGUCAACCCGGAGCCCGUGUCGUCGAGCGACGUCCAGUGCCAGCCCGCCAUGGGCAUGACGUUCGGCAAGCCGCGCGCCAUGACGCUCGACGAGAUCCACGAGCUGCCCAAGCGCUUCGCCUUUGCCGCAAAGGUCCUCGCCGAGGCCGGCGCCGACGGAGUCCAGCUCCACGCCGCCCACGGCUACCUCCUCUCGCAGUUCCUCAGCCCGCGCGUCAACAAGCGCACCGACGAGUACGGCGGCGAGUCGCUCGACAACCGCUCGCGCAUCGUCUUUGAGAUCGUCUCGGCCAUCAAGCAGGCCGUCCAGGACCCCAAGUUUAUCGUCUCGAUCAAGAUCAACUCGGCCGACUUUGCAGAGGGCGGCUUCGACGGCGACGACUCGAUGGAGAUGUCCAAGCGCCUCGAAAAGGCCGGCGUCGAGCUCAUCGAGCUCAGCGGCGGCACCUACGAGUCGAGCGGCUUCGAGCACAAGAAGGAGAGCACCGUGGCGCGCGAGAGCUUCUUUAUCGAGUUUGCCGAGCGCAUCCGCCCGCACCUCUCGUCGUCCAAGCUGGCCGUCACCGGCGGCUUCCGCACCGCCAAGAUCAUGGCAAAGGCCAUCGAGGAGCAGAGCUGCGACAUUGUCGGAAUCGCGCGCCCCCUGUGCGGCGAGCGCCACCUGGUCAAGGAGCUCCUCUCUGGCAAGAAGGAGAAGGCCACCGACGCCCACCCCUCGAUGCCUGCCCAGCUCACCCUGCCCGCCUGCAUCGUCCAGCUUAAGAUGACCGGAUCCGGACAGCCCAUCCCGCAGAUGACGACCGAGGACGGCGUCAAGACGCUCCUCAGCAUCCUUCAGCCCCCCAACCCCGAGCCCAGCCACGGCGCCGAGGCCAACCCGGAUGGCAACAAGCUCUAG